AUGGGAUGGCCGUGGAAAUUUGUCUCCUUAGAUGAGGACGAGGUGAGGCUCAGGAGGCAGACUCUGGACAGAUAUGCUGGAUAUGCACAGCUGUCGGCCUUUAUUCCAGUUCUGUUGUUCUUGAUCUACAGGCUGGUAUCCCGGGCCAUCCGGGCAAUUGAGGCCAAGAAGGGCGCCUACAAUGCAAUCCCAGAGUCUCCGUUGCGGAAAGUGAGGAGGCAAGGCCCUCUUGGAGCGUGGGAAUCGCGGUAUCGCUAUCUGCAGUGGUGGCUUGGGGACGACGUCGUGUUCCUGGGCCAGAACUGGGGCCAGAGAGACGAGUGGGUCUUUGGGCUGGGCUGGGGGCUAUGGAUGGCAAUCCUGACUGUGUUGGGGACCGAUGAUGGUGAGGCAGUCAAGAUGUCUAAAUACCUCCUGGCACUAAAGAGUCUCAACCCAGUCGCCUACAUAUUCAACUCAUCACAUGAGCAGAUCAAUCGCUACCACCGCGUGCUUGGCCGCAUCAUAUAUACGUUGCUUUUUGUCCAUGCUGGCCUCUACCUCAACUUCUUUGUGGCCUCGGGCCUACUGGUACAGAAGCUGACCACAUCCCGCGUCGUCAUCACUGGGAUUGUGGGGAUCUGGAUGAUGAGCUUGCUGAACGCAACAACUCUGAGAAUGAUCCGAAACUACUCUUAUAGGAUAUUCUUCAUUGUUCAUCUCACCGUGGCGAUGAUAAUACCGCCCCUAAUCUGGUUCCACGCUCACUCGUCGAGGGUGUUCCUGGUCGAGGCACUCGUGGUUUUCCUCGCCGACAUUAUCACCCGGAAAUUCGACACUUUCACCGCCAUCGCGAAGCUGGAAAAAGUACCUGGCACAGGCCUCGUCAAAAUCACCGCACCAAUUCCAAACAAGAAGGUUCACCGGUUCCAGAACCACCCCGGCUCGCACAUCUACCUCCAAAUCCCUGCUGAGGCUCGAACUUCGGACAGCCCGGCUUCAACGGACUACCUUGUUCACGAAUUCCUGUAUAACCCUUUCACGGUAGCAGAUGUUGACGUGGAAACUGGGAAUCUCACACUAGUGGCAAGGCAACUCAGUGGGCCAAUGACCACGACUUUGAACCAGAUUGCGACCAAGAACAGCCGUCAUGAUGCCACCCAGCUCCCACUAUACAUCGAGGGACCAUAUGGCGUCGCUAGCCACUUCUCAACCUUGGCUGAAGGCGAGUACGACCGCAUACUGCUAGUCUCUGGGGGUGUUGGUGCCACUUACACAGUUCCUCUCUACCGCGCAUUAGUCAAGGACAACCCAACUGCGCAGGUCCAGCUGAUCUGGGCCGUGCGUGGCGUCGGCGAUGCCUCUUGGGUCGCGUCUGGAAAAGACGGCAAGAGCUUUACCGAGGACGAGGGUGUGCAGAUCUUUGUCACAGCCAAUGAAGACAAGCACGGCGGCCAGGAGGCGGAGGGUGGGGAUGUGGAGCUGACCACGAUGCAUCAUGGCGGCGAGAUGAGGCACCAACUCAUGCGGCCGAACCUUAAGAGGGCCGUGGAUGAUGUAUUCCAGCAUGGCCAGGAUGAGCGGGUGGCGGUCUUGUUUUGUGGGCCAACGGUGAUGGGCCGCGACUUGAGAAAUCAUGUCGGAGCUUGGGUGCGCAAGGGGAGGGUGGUGUUUUGGCAUAGCGAGAGCUUUGGGUGGUAG